AUGGUCAGACCACCUCCCUCAGCAUACCGCAAGGUCGCCUCGCCCACCGAGAGCGACACUCCAAGACGAUCUUCUUUCGGCUCCAUGUCGCGUACCAUGUCUUCAGAGUCCGUAGCUACUACCACGGCAAGCACCGAGAGAGGGCAGCAUAGCUUGACAGAUGUUACUAAUGCAGAAUCUCGGACAAGGCUGGCAAAGGUUUGUAAGAAGCUCGCCAUCCAUGGAAAGGCGGAGAAAGAGGGGGCUCGGUACACGCUGUACAUGCAUGUGAGUCAUCUCCAGCAGCACGUCUCGACAAUGAGCUGGUAGCCAAGCUUACACUUUUUUGGUCACACACUGAUGGUCACACAAUGACAGAUCGAAAUGCCAGAGCUGGCCAAGCCCAGGUCCUACCCCCUUUUUCCAGACAAGGAUGUGACACUCCUGCAAUUCUCGAUCGACAAGUUGACUUCUUCUGGCGCAGCUCCUAUGCUCAGUAGCACGGCUGCCAUUGCCGCAAGCAGACUCAACAUGAAGCUAGGAGCUGGCGGGGUCGAUGAUGAGGGCCCAGAUGCUCAGAGUCAGUCCUUGAAGGUCACCACCGCCAAUUAUCACAUCUGCCUAAAUGCCGCUGCAACGGCAAGCGCGCCGACAGGAGAUGAAACAGCAAAGAAAGAGCCCGUCAAGCAAGGAUAUCUCGUUAUACUACACCUCCGCGUGCCAUUCACUGCGCAGCCACCACAGUCACCUUUCGUCGUGAGUAAAUAUCGUUGACAUCUUCCGACUGGCACACCGAGUAACCAAAUGACUGCAUCCUCAGGUCAGGCUUCCGAUGCCCCGAUGCCUCAACAACAAAUUGCGUUUCGACCUGAAUCCCGAGAUCUUCGGCAGCGAUGGAAUAAUCGCAGACGUUCAGCCGGGCACAAUGAGGCCAAGCAAGUCCAGGCCCACAUCGGCUGGCGUUGGCGGUCACGGAGAGGAUGGGACAGCGGUCAUUCAGGGGCCGUUUCCAUCGACAGCUGAUGUGAUCAUCAGGUGGGAGGGGCCAACUAAGUCACCUUUGCUCAGCCCCACUGCGCUUCAGGCGGGCAUGGCUGAUACUGCAACGUCCGAGGGGCUCAGAUGUCUCGGUACGGAGAAGAUGACUUCGACCUUGCGCGUGUCAGCAGUGGCGGAGCCACCAGACGAUCUCCAGCAAGGCGAAGCAGCUAUUGCAAUCGCCUUUCAGGCAGAGUUAGUAGAUCCACAUUUUGUUGGUCUUGACUCCAAGGCCGCCAUCGAGCUGAGACCGGACGUGUUUGGUCAAGCAGCAAGAUGGCACGAAGUCGACGUCCUUGGUUCGGCAGGCCUGCUCAGGUGGGCGCGGAUCGGCUCCGAGUCCAGCCCUGACGGCCAGAUGGCCAAGUCCUCGUCUAGGUCGAGUUUGCAUUCGGUCGAGUCUAGCGAUGGAAGUCUCAAAGCGGCGAUGUCGAGCAACCCUUUUGGAGGUUCGGGUGGGACUGAUGAGAGUAUGUUGAUGGACAUGCAAAUACCGUCUGGUAUCACGCAGAGCGACAUGGAUUUUAGCAUUGACGAACAGCCCCGUUCAGAAGGGGGUUUAUCAAGACCAGGACGCAGACUUAGCAUCGGAGUGCGACAACAUCAGCAAGAUAUUCAAGCCUGCGCGACCGCUGGAGAUGGGGAACAGACCGGCUUGGUGCUGGUCUUUGACGUGAAUAACAUCCGUGGACGCGACGCUUCGGCAUCUACGCCCUUGUCCAUCUCGGUCCACGGCAUUCUCAUAGUAUCGACCUUCGCGAGCCCUGAUCUUUGGAAGGACAAUGAAUCCGCGCUAGAACCCGCCAGUCCUCGAGCUCUCUCGAUUCCAGUGUUCCGAACCAAGUGCGCCGAAACACACUCCUCGUCUGUCACUUUGGCCAACGUGAAGGAUGCUCCCAAUUUGACACUUCUGCGAUGCCCUGCCAAGGGAGUGAAGAGCUCGCCUAGCAGCCUCCUUGCGGACCCAUUGGUCACGGAUCUCUUCAGCAUGGAGGUGAGCUCGACGUCGCCACAGAUCCUCCCCGCACUUGGAUGCGGAUGGGAUGUGGAGCACGGGACCCUUGCGAUCGAGACCAAAACUUUUCCAGACGAUAUCGUGGACGAAAAUCAGGUACGCAGCGGUGAAAAUAUUUCGCUCGACGCUUCAAAACAAGGUCCCCUCGAGCCCGCAUCAUUGCGCGGCGCCGAGGUUCACGCGCCGCUUGCGGACCUUUCGACUGAUUCGGCAGUGUCCACCGGGACUAUCUUGUCGAUGACUCGCAAGAGUAGCCAGAGGAGGUUUCAACAAAGCACUGACGUGGAUGCCAUCGGCGCCAUCGUCGAAGAGGCUAAGGUCGAAUUCUGGCCUACGUACUCGCCAGGGAAGGAGCCCCAGGCCAGCGCCAAUGAGUCAGCCAUGAUAGCCGUUCCUGAUCCAGAGUGGGGCCGCAUGGUGGUUCGCUUGAAUGUCACCUGGCCCACGAGCCUGCCGACAGAUGACGAUGAAAACGCAGACUCCGCUACCGCCGGCAGCUUGACGCCAGCAUUGCUCUGCUACUUGCCUCCAGAGGCCCAAAUUCUCCACGCCAGCAUCGCAGGGUUGCCGCUUCGCGUAGCCGCAACCGCGGCUGCAGGAGGCAGGUCUGCUCUCACCGAGUUGCAGCUUUCAUCGUACUUAUACGCUCGGCCUGACGAAUCCCAGAGCUCAUCGCCGUUGCGAGCAUCUAUCGUGUACGAGACUUCUGCUGCUCAGGAGCUGGUGCUCCCUACCAUCGCCGCGACUACGGUACAGCUCGCGGCAGUAGUGGCAUUGCCAGCAGGUGAGUCGUUCUGUUUGCUUUCGAGAUGUCAAACGCGUUGCUGAAGAGGGUUUCAUGGUGCACAGGUGCACCGUAUCGCUGUAGUAGCAGCGAUCUGUACCAGGUCUCAAAUCCAUCUAGCUCCCCUACCUUCCACGCCUUUAUGCUUGGCCCCAUGAGCUCAAGAAAGAUUACUCUCAUAAAGGACAAGCCUGUCAUACCCGCUGGAAAUGACGUCCCCAACCGUGUGGCGCCUCUUCAAGAAGGCUUUUUGAAGCCAUCUCCAGAGCCCUUUCUCUGGAGUCCAGCUCAGGGGGCUGCAUCGUUCGCAGCCGCUGCGGAAGUCAAACCAGGUGCCUUGCCUGGGCACGGUACGGGAUCUCGGAAGUCGGGCUUCUGGACGUUCUUCACCCUUGGCUUCAUGACUGCAAUUCUCUGCGUCGUUCUCGCGGGCUUCGGACACAUGGAGACCAGGCACGACACUUUGCUCGAUCUUAUCAAUGAGGUUCUGCUUCACGUAGACACGAGCGCACCUCUAGAAGCAAACCUCCCUCUUUGGCAGUCCGGUUUCCGCGACGACUCCAGUCCAACUCAUCGAAACGACUACUUUUUGAAGCAAUACGACGCUACGGGCGCACCUUCUGGGGCAAAUUUCGCUGACAAGCAAUUCGGCCUACGUGAUGACACCAAAUCAUCUACGCGGACAGAAGCCGGAAGCUCCCUCCACAGCGCAAAUUCUGACCCUUUUGACGAAUCACGUGGAUCUCAGUCAAGAACAAUCGAGUCCAAAGGACGGGUGUCAAGCCUAAUUUGGAGCAUUGCUUCAUCCUUUGGCUCGUUUUGGUCGUUAAUCUUUGGAUACAAGCGCGGCCCUGGGUAACGCCGCCACCACCUCUUGUAGCCUUAAUGUCUGAAUUCACCUUGUCACCCAUUUCUUGAAUGUAUCCACUACGCAUGCCACCAGAGAGGCGCUUCUGAUACCCUCGAAAUGUGCUGUGUGUGUGUGCGUGUGUGCGCGCGCGCCACGCGCUAAAUCACCACGUGCGGCUAUAAGGCAUCGCGUGGCGCGCCAAGACGCGCGGCGGGAGUGCGUGCGAGGUGUUGCUUGUGAUGCGAAGACGUCGUGUUUGUUGCUCUUCCAAAACAUCAUUCUUAAUUACUCCCUCACUUAGAAGCCCGGGCAUCGCACUCGUCACUUACCGCCGACUUGCGGGGUGUCCUGCCCCAAAUAAAGAACAUGGCCAAGCGCGAGCAUGGACUGCCCGACGCGAGCAGAACCAGUAGCGGUGCUCGUCCUAGCAAGAGAAGACGGUCGGAUGGAGCUGUGGUCGGCGACGAGAAGAUCCUGCCGCGACCCAAGACUGCUGGCUACGUGCGCAGAAUAGCAGGACCUGGCAUCUAUGUCAGCACCAUUCGAGGCAAGGAGAAGCGCGCCGCAGACGAGCUCGUGCAGCUACUCGAAGAGGCGAGUGGAGGACUGCCUCACUUGACUUCGGCUGACACGCGCUCCAAGCUGACACAAAGGCAAUUGGUCCCUCCCUUGCAACCGCAGAUUGUUGCGCGCGACUACCCUGGCGCAUCAGUGGAGCCGGGUUGGUGGCCGCAGCAUGCAGUCAACGUCGAUGAUCGAGCGAUCGUGGAUCAGGCCGCGAGCAAGGGCGAGCGAGAAGAGGUGGCCCUACCUCCUUCAAAAACUGGGUCGACAGCCGCACCAAGUGGUCAGGAAGAACGCAAGCGGGUCGAAGCAGCGAAAAGCGACGAUGUGGAAACACGAUUUGCGCGAGAGCUGGCAGCGCUUGAGGAAGAGCAGUCCGGUCGGUGUGGAAGCAAACAUCAGAAGGCAGGAGUCACUGGUGAGCAAGGCGCAAAGGGCAACGCAUUUUUUCGCGUUGUCGAUACCGGCGCCGAAUGUCGUGAGUACCACGCAGCUAGACUCGGACAGCGCCACAGGGAAGAUGAUUCGCUGAUGUCCGUGUUCACGACUCAUCAGUACGCUUCCUCUCUGUGGCCGCCCCGUUGUGCCCCUUUGCACUGAGUUUUGCUCUGCUAAAAAAUGUGGAGGACACUGGUCACGCGCGGUGCCGCUUUGUGCAAAGGAUCACGCCGGUCGCUGCUAGUGCCCAUGCCAGCGCUUUGAACAUCGCAGCACUGGCUAAGCAUGUCCUACCGAGAUGGCUUCCGGAAGAGGCAGAUGCAGCGAAGACUGUGAGCUUUGGGCGACUGAACUUUGCCCCCGCACUACGUGCCUGACUCCCUACGCCCGCCCCUGGCUCGUAGUUCAAGAUCGAUACUCGGAUUCGGAAUCACACGACCCUGCAGCGAGACGAAGUCAUCGAAACCUUGGCGGCACAAAUCCCUCGCACGCGAGGCCACAAAGUGGACCUCAACAAUCCUGACUGCUGGAUCGUCUUUGAGUGUCUGAAGGUGAGGAGACACUGUCCAGAGCAUGGAGGAUGUACACAAACGCUCGCCUCAAGACAUUCAACCUCUCUUGUUUGUCACAGGGCACUUGUCAUAUUGGUGUUCUAGAAGGAUAUAUGCGUUUUGCGAAGUACAACCCGCAGCAGCUUGCCGAUGUUGUCCGCUCAAGGCGUGCCCAACAAGACGCAAGCGCCGAGACGAGCCAGAGCCUCCAAGAUGAUACGGAGGAAGGACUUUCGCGCGUUGGACCAUCUAAGAGAUAA